AAGUCCUCCUCGAUUGAGGCGUUCACGACGUGCACGUCUCGCUGACGGCAAGCGGACACCCCGAAACCUGGAGUCUCGACUUUCUCCCCGUCACAUCAACAAAAACAAAUCGGCGCCCUCGCUGAACCCGCUUCUCCGCGUGUACCACGCGCAGGAAGUUCAUGACGCCGUCAACGCUGCCGAUAUCGCCGGUAUCGUUGGCUAGGCACUCGACGCCCUGAUAAGCCUCUCAGGUACAGCGGAGAGCCUCCGACCUCACGAGGGGGCGAGCACGCUGGACGGGUGGAGGAGGGAGACAGCGGAACGCAGAGCCGUUAUCGGUUGCUAUCGGAAACGCGCGUUUAUUUCACGGCGGUUGCUCGACUCGAGUUUAGGCACACCAGCGGCGACCCCGGUGUCUUGGAUCGGGCGUCCGCCAUGAGUUUCUUCGACGUUCGGAAAUGGUACAGCUUCCUGAGUCUAAAGGAGUCGCCGGGCGAGCGCAGGGAGUACGCGCCGCGCUACGUCCACGACGAACGCUACGUCGACGGCGCGACGUACGACUCCCGCUGGGACUGGGACAGAAGCCUGAGGGCGCGGCCGCGGCCAUCGCGCCUCAGGUCGGCGUCGUCCGAGCGGGCGCUGACGGAAGACCCGCGACCCGCGACGCCUCGGAGCUACCUCAAGAGAGUCGGCCGCAGCGAGGGCAGCGUGAGCGGCAGCCUCGCCGGCACCGACGUCCUUUCGACGAGUUGGGAAGCAGAGACCCCCAGGUCGGAGCGGAACCGUAGGGACCCUCCGGUGUUCCCGGAACCGGACGACAAUGAAGCUUCACCCGGGUACGAGACCUUCGGCAGGGUCGCCGUAAAGGAGCGUCCAAAAUGGGGUCACUCUCAACCGAAGACUGCAGAGUUUCCUCCCCCUGGUCAGCUUGAAAAGCGAACUGAAGAUCAGGGACACCUGGAGCAAGCCUCGCUUGGAUAUGAAACCUCUGCCCGGAUGGUUGCAGAGGAGUGUCCAAAACGUGGCCAGUCCCAACCAAAGACUUCAGAGUUUCCUUCCAAUAGUCGACCUGAAAAGCAAACUGAAGAUCGGGGUCAGUUGGAGCAUCCAGCACAGAAGCAGGACAUUGUUGUGGAAGCGAAGAACGAUCCACAGCUCCAUGACCUAGAGGGUUCACCCCCUCGAUCAUUGAAACGGUGGGGCAAGAAGUCAUUUGGCUUUGGAAAAGAAAAAGCCGUUUAUGCAAAAGUGCUCAAGGAGAAGAACAGCAACCGUAUAACUAGCGACCAUAGUGAAGUGCCUCCUGAGGAACCAAAAGUAGGUCACGGUUCUGUGGACGUUCCUGCGCAGUCCCACGUGCCGCCGGUGCCCCUUAAAAUCUGGGAGAGUGAGCAGCCUGUAGACUUCCAACAUUCGGGAGCCUUGGUAAAGAAUAUCAAGGAGGGUCACCGCAGUGAUCCAGCAAAAACACAAGGCUCAAUUCUGCACCCACAUAAGCCAGAGGUACCUUCACAAGCUCUCCAUCAAGAGAGAAACAUAAUCCCCACGGAGGUAUCUUAUGAUCAUGUCAACGUGGAGGCUCAACGCCAUGCAGCAGUUCCUGUUCCUGGUGAAGCUGACAAUCUUCCUCAUGCUUCUCCCAAUAAGAGUCCAAGUAAGAAAAAAAGUUUCUUCAAAUUGCCCUCAUUAAGAAAGAAGAGCAAGUCCUCGGUGCUGAGUGUUGAAGACACCGCCAUUACCACCGACCCUACCACUCCUGAAGCUGGAGUGCAAGUUGUGAUUCCAUCCUUUGAGGAAAUCCUGGCAGAACUUCGAAGAGAACACCUGCAAAAGCAAGCUGAGACUUGGCAAGAACUUGAAUCGGUGCCACCUCGAAACCAACUGAAGAAGGUUCCUCCACCGGUACCACCAAAGACAUGGAAGGAGGGUGCAGAAAGCACCCCUCCCACUGAAAGGGUUUCAAAAUGUGAUGUCCCAAAACGUGAUGUUCCAAAACAUAAUGUUGCAAGACUUGAUAUCCCAAAAGAUGAUGUCCCAAAAUAUCCCACAAUGAUUCCAGUCGCCAAGCCUUGGAUCUCCGAGGAAACAGCUCCGACAUUGGAAACUGUGGACACAAGUCCUCUGGUGGAGCCCACUAUGAGCUCUUUCUUUGUGAGGGAACAUGAGGUCACAGUACUGCAAAGAAGACUUGAGCUGACCCCACAGACACUGAGCAUGUCAGAUAGCUUGUCCAGUGGCCCUUUUGACCACUAUGAUGAUGUCCCUGAUGCAGCUCCCCAGAGAAAGCACCAUCUUCGUAUUCAAGUUGGGACGGCUGAAACUGACAGCAGGCGCAGAGGUUUUGUUGAAACAAUGCAUCGCAGCUUCAAUGGUGGCAGAGAUAAUGUGGAAAGUGGCUUGUAUGAAAGUAUUGACCUAACGGCAGAAUCAGCACAGGUGCAAAUAGAUGAUACCGGUGGUUCAAGUUUUCAGUUACGUUCCCAAAUUUUGCCACAGGAGCUAAGGAAAACAUCUAAGGAUUCUGGCAAAAAGAAACUGUUCAAGUUCAAACUGAAGAAACGAAAGCAGUCGGAAGAUAGUUUCGUGGCCACAACUUCUGCAGCCGCAGCAUUAGGCGAGGAGCCCUCUGAGGAACAGCUGGAGGACAUCGAGAGGCAAGGAAGCAUUGUGGUUCCAAGCAGGCCCCCUCAAGGCACCGUUUUUGAGUCCCUUCCAGCAGACGUUUCGGCCACUGAAGCACUGUCCGACGAUCCCGAGGAAACAAGAAAGGGCAAGGAGAGACGGUUCAGCUUGAAACUGAACUCCAUGAGGAAGAAAAAGACAGACGAGAGGAUGAAGAAGCGAGGCUCUCUUGAGUUGCCAGGUCCCACGCAUGGGCCUCCCAGUUACAAAGAAAACAUGAUUGACACUUACCUGCGCUCAUUGGCAAUGCAGCCGGCUCCUAAGACACAUUGUGACUCCAGUGAUGACCGCUUUCAAACAAAUGGGGAAGAUGGCUGGGAAUUUGAAGAAAUCACGCUGGAAAGGGUGAGGGGAGGAGCUGGCCUUGGGUUCAGCAUUGCCGGAGGCACUGACAACCCUCACAUAGGAGAGGAUCCCAGCAUCUACAUUACCAAGCUCAUUCCCGGUGGUGCGGCUGCUGCUGACGGAAGGCUACAAGUCAACGACAUAAUUCUACGAGUGAAUGAUGUUGACCUCAUAGAUGUUCCACAUUCCGUAGCAGUCGAGGCACUCAAGAGAGCUGGCAAUUCAGUUCAUUUGUUGGUGAAACGGCAGCGGUACCCGGGGUCGCAGCCUCCCCUGAGCCAACAACAGCAACACACACCCCCCCAGGUGGUGGAAAUCGAGCUAAUCAAGGGCAACAAGGGUCUGGGCUUCAGCAUCGCGGGUGGCAUCGGCAACCAGCACGUGCCAGGCGACGAUGGCAUCUAUGUGACCAAGGUCAUGGAAGGCGGUGCGGCUCAUCUGGACCGCCGGCUCGAAGUGGGAGACAAGCUUGUCGCUGUGGGCGACGUGAACCUGGAGAGCGUGACUCACGAGGACGCCGUAGCGACGCUGAAGAACACGGGCGACCAGGUGGUCCUGACGGUGGUCAAGAGCCAGCCCUUCUCCUUCAUCCACCACUCCCUGCCCCCGCCCCCCGCUCCCCCCGUGCAGGAGACACGGCUGGGGACACCCCCCCUGAACCUGUCCUUAGGGGAAUACCAUAGUGAUACGAACCUCAGUACCUCCAAAGCACCCAGUGAUGAAGACAUCCCAAGGGACCCCCGCAAGGUGGUACUGUCCAAGGGCCCCACGGGCCUGGGCUUCAACAUCGUGGGCGGCGAGGAUGGCGAGGGCAUCUUCAUCUCGUUCAUCCUGGCCGGGGCCCCCGCCGACGCCAGCGGGGAGCUGCGCCGUGGCGACCAGAUCCUCUCCGUGAACGGCGUGGACCUGCGACACGCGACUCACGAGCAGGCGGCGGCCGCCCUCAAGGGAGCCGGCCACACGGUCACCAUGCACGUCCAGUACAGGCCCGACGAGUACAACAGAUUCGAGGCGAAAAUCCACGACCUGAGGGAACAGAUGCUGAACACCACGGGCAGCCUAAGGACAUCCCAGAAGCGGUCACUCUAUGUCCGGGCCCUGUUUGAGUAUGAGCCCUCCCGGGACAGUGGACUUCCCAGCAGGGGUCUCCCUUUCCGUUUUGGCGACAUCCUGCACGUCAUCAACGCAAGCGACGACGAAUGGUGGCAGGCCAGGAAGAUUCUUCCCGACGGGCACGAAGACUUUGUUGGCAUCAUCCCCAGCAAGCGCAGAGUGGAGAGGAGAGAACGUGCCAGGCUUAAGUCUGUCAAAUUCCAAGGGAAGAGCAGUUACAGUGAUGGAAAGGGCACGCUAGAGAGGAAAAAGAAGAAUUUCUCGUUCUCAAGAAAGUUCCCCUUCAUGAAGAGCAAAGACAACAGCACAGAGGAUGGUAGCGAUGUUGAAAGAGAUGGGUCUCCAACCAAAGAUACAGCAAACACUUCAUAUGCAAGUGAUAGCGAAGCAAGUAGCACGAGAGGGAUCGAUGAGCCUGUUCUUUCCUAUGAGGCUGUGGUGCAACAAGAAAUCUCCUACACACGGCCCAUAAUCAUCCUGGGUCCCCUGAAGGAUAGAAUCAACGACGAUCUAAUAUCGGAGUACCCUGAGAAAUUCGGAUCUUGUGUGCCACACACGACGAGGCCCAAGCGAGAUUAUGAGGUGGACGGGAGAGACUACCAUUUUGUUGCCUCAAGGGAGCAGAUGGAGAGAGACAUUCAGAACCACCUCUUCAUCGAAGCCGGCCAGUAUAACGACAACCUCUAUGGAACCAGCGUGGCUUCGGUCAGAGAAGUUGCUGAGAAGGGGAAGCACUGCAUUCUAGAUGUGAGUGGGAAUGCAAUCAAGCGGUUGCAAGUGGCCGGUCUGGAACCCAUUGCAAUCUUCAUCAAGCCAAAGUCUGUGGAGUCGAUCAUGGAGAUGAACAAGAGGAUAACAGAAGAACAGGCUAGGAAAACCUUUGAAAGAGCAGCAAAACUGGAACUGGAGUUUGCAGAGUACUUCACAGCGAUAAUCCAAGGUGAAGCGCCCGAAGAGAUCUACAAGAAGGUCAAGAACGUCAUCGACGACAACGGCGGACCGUCCGCCUGGGUGGCUGCCAAGGAGAAGCUGUGAGAGUCGGCCACCACCGAGGGGGACUCAUGCCUUCAUCUUCUGUUUUAAAAAAGGGAAACGAAGCAAGGCGGCUUGGGAGGGAAAAGAAAAAAGGGAAAGUGUGGAGGGAAUUUUUCUUUUUCCAACCGAAUGGGGGAAAGAAAGUGCGUCGAACGGACAAGAACGUUGGAGUGUGCAAGAAGGAAGAAAGACAAACAUCGUUGCUCACAUCUCUCUGCGUGUACUUCCGCCAUUUUUUGCUCUCCUCUUUCCUCCUCCUCCUACCUCUCUUCCUCCCUUACGAUAAAAAAGAGAAACGCGCAAAAAGGGAGUCAAAGUGUAAAAAAAUAUAUAUGCACCCGAAGAUUUUUUUUUUUUCUUUCUCAUCGAGACAAGUUUGUGAAUUGUCUCUCUUCGAACAUUAUCAUGAUGGCAGUUUAUCCUCUUUUGUUUUGUCAUUCUUCAUUUUAUUGAUUCCAAAGUGUUCUGUUUGCAAGUUGUUGAAGGUGUUGGUAAACCUGUAAAGGAGCAGUUUGCCGAAGGCUCGUAUCGUCGGUGUACAUAGUGUUUAAGGCACCUCGGGUGGAGGUAGUCUGCGAAACGCCCGCGUUUUCACGAGCGAGCUUGUUUGCCCCUUCAGUGAUCUCCAGGUGGAAUUGACUCGCGGGAGAGGGUGUUGUGCAUCUCGGUUCUGAAGCUUCUACUUCGUUGCAGAAGCUUGAAAGAGUCUUGAAAGGGUCUGAAAGCAUGAUUAGUAUAUUUCGUCGACUUCUUAGAUAGUUUAUUGUUUUAGCAUCGACUAAUUUGCGUUUUUCUUGUUUCGAGUCGGUACAUUUUUGUUUUGGCAAGAAGGAGAUUAGUUACUGUGAGGAAGGAUGAAAAGAAGAGUGUAUUCGGCAAGGUCAAAGUUCUUGGCAUCUGCUUUUAAACCCUUGUUUCUUCCUCAGCCACCACAACGCGUGGAAAGCACAGUGGACCUGCUAUCGCCGUCUCUAGGGGCGACGGCUUGUUUUGACAAGACGUUCAGCGCUAAGAAAUGUAUACUAGUACAACUCCGUGGCAGCAGCAGUGCUACUUUGCACCACACUACAAAGCUAUUGUUACUACCACCCUCAACAUGUUACAAGAAAACGGAAGGUGGGGUGGCAGGUUCAAUGCUUGUGUACAGGCAAAGAAAAGUAUUUUACCGAAUAGAGGCAGCCUCUCGUUUUAGUAAGUUAUUUGAGUAGCGCAUUUUCGUUGUGCAUGUGGACAUGCUCGCAAACAAGCUGGGCUCCUGCAUUUUCGUUACACGUUCAACACGCGUGAUGUGCCUACACAUGUCUCUCGCUGCCCCCCUCUGCUUUGGACAGUUUUUUUUCCCCCACCCCCGCCCCCUCCAGAGCAGAAGCCACAUCUGCGUUGUUAUGUACAUGAAUAUUAUCAUUUAGGAGCCACACAAAUGUGCUGUAUACGCUAUGGACGUAGUUGGACACUGUAACAUACGGACAUGGAAUACACACUUUCGCCACUUUUGAGGAGCAGGACUGCGCACACACUUGCACACGCACAUAUACAUGAACACAGCCACCCGAGGAAAACGUCUUUGUUGUUCUUUUGAGGUGCUAGUUUUGUUCUGUGCUAUGCAGCAUAGUUCAAAUCUGUCAGCUGCCUGUAAGCUAGCUUUGAAGUUUGUCUCACGUUCUUUCUUUGCGAGCAGGUUUGGCGGGCUCUUGCAUUACCACGUUUCCGACGACAACUUUGUGAUACAACGUGACUUUUAGUUUGUGCAACAAAUUGUCUGCUCUACUGCUAGACAAGGUUGUUUUAAUGAUUUUGUCAUGUGGUUGUUCUUUUGUUUUCUAUUCUUUGACAUUGUCUUCUUUUUUUAUUUUAUUUUUUUGCUGGAGGAGGGUUAGGACUGCAGUAUUACUUCUUUCUCCCAUUCAAAGUUAACAUUCGUGCAGAACCUUCGAAGAGAAAAAAAAAUAAAGAUGGAAUUGUAAGAUCUGACUGAAGUUUAUACAAUGCAUAUAAAUAUAUAUAAUAUAAUGUAUGUAUGGAUGUGUAAUGCAGGUAUACAUACAAAUAAAUUUAUGGAUAUGCAAA